AUGAAGCUUCUUAUUGAAGAAAAUGCCGACAAAGUCACAGAAUUUGCUGCGUGUUAUGUGCGUAAGCACAUUAAUGAACAUGGGUGCGACUCGAACAAUUACUUUGUGCUUGGUCUUCCCACUGGCUCUACUCCGCUAGGGAUGUACAAAAAGCUAAUCAAAUUCUGCGAAGAGGGUAGUUUGUCAUUUCGAUACGUGAUCACCUUCAAUAUGGAUGAGUAUGUAGGCUUACCACGGGAACAUCCAGAAUCCUAUCACUCGUUUAUGUACAACAACUUUUUCCGUCACAUAGACAUCGAUCCAAAUAACGUCCAUAUUCUUGAUGGCAAUGCUGAAGAUGUAGAGAAAGAAUGUCGAGAUUACGAAAAGCUGAUCAAGAAAUCUGGUGGAAUUGAUCUCUUUGAGGUGCCUACAGAUGGUAAUAAAUCCAGUGAAAUAAGUAAUGCCAUUUAUUGUUCAGGAAUAGGUCCAGAUGGACAUAUAGCGUUCAACGAACCUGGCAGCUCAUUAUCCUCUCGAACAAGAAUAAAGACCCUUAAUGCGGACACAAUAGAGGUAUUUGUGUUCAGAUUGAUGAAAUCAGAGCACAUUUGGGGAAUACAGCUAUUGUGUUCACUAUGCAUUAGAGUAUGCAGCCUCAUUGGCUUAAAAUGGUUUCGCUGAAA